AGUGACUUUUCUAUUGACAUAAUUAUCUACAAUAGACAAUAGAAAACUAAAUCAUUGGUUAGGUUUACAAAGUCCUUCAUCAUCAUUGUACUUAAACUUCUUAAUUGAAAACACAAUUGAAAGAAUUCAUUAGUACAGGCCAGGAUUUGAACCCACGGCCUCUCGAUUGAGAGGACGAGGCCUUAUCCAUUAUGCCACCACCGCUAGAUAGUAUAAGAUUUUAUUUUAUUCUAAAAUGUAUAGGUAUAGUACCUUAAGGUUCAUAGUUUAUCGCUAUGUAACCUUCCUCACUCCUUUCCGUAACCGGGGUACCGUGAAAAGGUACAGCGUGGUCACUCUAUUUAAGAAAAACCACUAUCAAGUUCAAGUUUCAAUCUUUGUUUGUGGCUUUAUGCCGUGUGUGACUAACUCAGAACCACUAUCUUAGUUACUCAGUCUCAUUAACACGACAGCUCUAGUCUGUUAUUUGUUUUUAUAAGAAGAGUAACCCUACGGACAGCUACUUCACUCAACUAGCUUUGAUCAAAUGAUCUCAAAAACGUUGCAAUAUUUUAUUUUUACGCUACGAAGAAUAACGUUUUCGUGUGAAACGGAUCGGCAGAAAGCACACCUUCUUUCAUGAAAGGUUUUUCAAACGGCGUUUGUAUUUUUUUAACGGUCUGUCUGAACGACUAAAUGCCUAUUAGGUCCUUUAGCUUUUUUUUAUUUUAGGUAUACACACAGUUUGACUGCAAAUACCUAAUAAGAAGUUGUAAUUUGAAUUACCACUUUAAAAGAAGAAUUAUUAGAAUAUAUUUGGGUAGUCUAAUUAUCAUACUUAUGUAUGGUAACAACCGAAAUAUUGCUAAAUACAUACGGCCCAUCUCUUCCCUAUAUAGGACUCUCAUUUUAAUAAAAUUCUAAUGUCAAAGUUUCUGCUUUUGAACAGCAGGUCUAGUACAAGAUUGAUAGUUUGUCGAAAACUAUAAAAGUUUACGUUUUCUCGCAUACUAAGUGGCGCCUCUAAUGGAAACUAUAAUGAAACCUUUGACAGAUAGUGUAACGUAAACUUUUUUCGUUUUCAUUAAUAGCCAAACCCGUACGAGAGGGUUUGUCUAGGUAUCCUCAUCCGUUCGAUAACCUGAAUAACGAAGCCACUGCCAUUGCAUCAACAAAUUAACACGUACACAGGGGAGAAAAUCUGUAAAAAAUUGCCACACUGUAUUAAUUGUACAAGUAUUUUUAUGAAUAAAUAUAGGUAAUAACCUAAUUUCAUACUCUUUACUUUAAUUAUUUUUGUAGCAGGUCUUCAAGGCUCUUUAUUAAUAGUACAGUUUGUAAGUAAUUGUGUGGCCGUGGCACUACUGGGUAUUGUUUUUUUAAACACAGGUUGUAUCCAAAUGUUUUUAAAGGAGGUCACACAACUUUUCACUCUGAACAUUUUUUUUCUACUUAUACGAUUCUCAGAAAUACCUAUGCAGAAAAAGUUAAGUAAAUCAUACAAAAAUUGGCUACGGAGACUAUUAUAAGUGUGUUUGCACAAGUCGUAAAACAAAUCUGAUUAUAAAUAAUGAACUUACUCUCCAAAAUUACUUAUUGCAACAUCCUGUAUUUAAAGGAGAAUGGUGAGCCUUACAUCGUCCUUAAACUCAUAAUUUAACAAGAUACCUCCUACAUAAUUUAAUCUGCGCUUGUUUUGACUUCUUUUACUCAUAAACCGUUGCGUUAAGUAAACUUAAAAAGAGCAAAAACAUUGCUGCUCUAAAUUCUUAAAUUUAUAAAUAAUAAAAAUUAUAAGCAAACGUUAUUAAUUUCGGUCUUCACAAAAUGUUUUUAGUGUUGUUGUGUGUGAUUGUGUUCUGUGCUACAGUUUGGUGGAAGUGUCAUAUGAACAAAUUGUUGAAAAAGACUGAAAAUACUCCAACUCUUGAAAACGGACUCCCAAUCAUAGGUCAUGGUCAUUUGCUUAUAGGAGACAGUGAAUAUUUCUUUGAGUUGGUCACAAAAUACAGUGCCAUUGUGAACCAGAAUGGAGGGAUCAUGAAGGGAUUAAUGGGUCCAAUGGUUUAUUUCCAUGUAACAGAUCCGGAUAUAGCACUAAAACUAAUGAAUGCAUGUUUAAAAAAGAACUAUUUGUACAACGUUGCUAAACAGUGGCUGGGCGAUGGAUUGAUUACUGGAGAUGUGGUAACUUGGAAGCGUCACAGGAAGCUGAUAAUGCCAACAUUUAGUCAGACCACGUUGAACGAGUUUCAAGACAUUUUCAAUACUCAAUCGAGAAGCUUCUCCGAUAGUCUUCGCUCCCUAGUAGGACGCGAUGUUGACCCCUGGCCUUUGGUUAGAGACAACGCUUUGGAAACCAUUUGUCAAACAGUACUCGGCCUCCCACCAGAUGGCUGUAAAUUAGUUGAUGAGGAAUACGCAAAAGCAACUGAAGAAAUGCUCAAUAUAUUUAACACGAGAAUACAAACUCCUUACAUGCACUCCGACUGGCUAUACAAAUGGGCGAAGACAAAAAAGAUUGAGGAUAAAGCUGUAAACAUUUUGAAACGGUUCUCUUCUAAUUUACUGCAAAUUAAAAAGCAAUCAACCGGUGUAUCCAAAAAUGAGCACGCAGAACCAAAAGGCAAAGCAUUUCUGGACCAUUUCUUGGAGCUCCACUCGCAAGGCCUCCUUACAGAAAGAGAGCUUCUGGAUGAACUGAACACUAUGAUCGUGGCAGGUCACGAUACAGUGGCCACGGAACUGGUUUUCAUACUGAUACUUCUUGGGUCAUUCCCUGAAGUACAGGAGAGGGUUUACGAAGAAAUACAAUCCGUAUUUGACUGUACAGACAGGGAUGUUACGAAGUAUGAUCUACCGAGGCUGGUUUACUUGGAGGCAGUAAUAAAGGAAGUGAUGAGGCUCUAUCCUGUCGCAUCCAUCAUAGCGCGGGAUGCUGAUAAAGAUGUUAACAUCGAUAACCACACUAUCCCAGCCGGCAGUUCAAUAAUCUUGUUAGUUUGGGGCAUAAACAGAAGUAAAGCUUGGGGUGAAGACGCGGAACAGUUUAAGCCGGAACGAUGGCUGGACCCCUGUACUCUGCCUGAUAACCCAGCGUUUGCCACUUUCAGCAACGGAUCUCGCAUGUGUUUGGGUAAGAUGUUCGCCUACAACUCCAUGAAAACCACGCUGGUGCAUGUACUCCGCAGGUUCAAGGUCACAGCUGAUUACAGGAAGCUGAAGCUGAAAGUGGAUUUCUUACUGAAACCCAGCUCUGGGCACCAUAUCAAUUUGGAGUUACGAUGAUAUAAAAAAUA